AUGUGGCGAUCCGUGGUAUCAAUCAUGGGCCGCAGCCACUUGCGGGAAAGUAACUCUAACGCGGAACGGUGUUGGACUGGCAGGAGCUGCGCACAACCUCAAGGAACAAUUCUGAAAGCAAUUACAGCCAUGCGAGUAUCGACCGUGAAGGACUGGAGGGUGUUACCAUACACAAUGUGGCUCGUACUCUGCAUAUAUGUUUUCUCUUUUCUUUUCGUCUUCGGGACGUCAAUUCUACAGUUCGGAUUCGGAACCGACAUGAACUUUGCAGCAUGCUCAGCGGCAACGCUCUUUUGCCUCGGCGCCUAUGUGUCAACAAAGUUCAUAUACCUGUUCAUGGUAGAUCGAGCACACAUCAUCAGACAGACAUCCAAACCCCGAAUGAAGUCCAAGCUCUACCUAUUCAACUCUUUCGGCAUGCUUGGGGUUUUCGUCCUCAUUGUGAUAUUGAACUUCAUCUUCCGAAUAACAAAUUACAUUGACGGAAUAUGCAUCAUUGGACUUGGCCAAAAUGUGAUUUUGGCCCUGAUAUCCUUUGAUGCUGCUGUUAAUGUUUACCUCACUAUCAUGUUCCUGCUCCCGCUACUAAGUCUUCAUUCCGUCAAGUAUAACUUCUGGAAACCGUGGACCUUGGAUUGGAGAAACCGCCGGGUUCCCCGAGCGCCACCGAAUAUCAGACUUCGACGUCUUGUGAUCCGUACUUUUAUCGGCUCAUGCUGUACUCUCCUUAGCAGUGUCACGAAUCUAGCAGUCCUGGGCGCACUCAAUGGAGAGGUUGCGUGGUUGUGUUUAUUAUGUUGCAACACCGACAUCUUUUUCUCGGCCCUUGUGAUGAACUGGAUUACAUCACCUGGUCAGGAGUCUACGCUUCGAACUAUCACACGACCAUCACGCGUUUCACACGCGACAUUACGACCAGAGGAAGACCCAAGCAUGCCGCUCGACCCUGAUGGAAACAGCACGAACAAGACCUGGGAGCAGAGAAGAACCCAUACUCCAACAACCAUAGGUCUACACUCAGCGGAAGGCGAUAACCUCCAAGACGGCGAGGAUUUGGAACUGAACGACCGACACUCGAUGGACCACGGGGAACGCGUGACAUUGGAACAUGACGAAGAUGACCUUGAGGAGUCGGAGGAACAGGCGUCCAGGCACUCCAGAGUCAGGGAGGAGAAACGGGGCUCAAAACAAUCGUAA